UCCAGCUUUGACUUCAUCGCCAGAGAUGAAGUUGAAGGAGGAAAUCAACCCGCUGCUCCUGCAUGUUUUCCGCUCUGUCGUCUGGGUCUACUCUGUCAUCACCUUCAUACCCUGGUACUUCUUCUCCGGGGCUGGCACCAAUUUGGAACGAGCCCGCCGGAUAAAGGCGCAGUCAGUCAGCGGACACCCUGCGGGACCGUACAGAUCCACCAACAGCCUGGCGACGUUGGUAGCAUGGUUGAACCCUGGAGUGGACACACUGGACAAAAUGUUUGAAAAUGCUGCAAGGAGGUUCCCAGCGAGAGACUGUCUGGGCAGCAGGGAGGUGCUUAGUGAGGAGGAUGAACUCCAGCCAAACGGCAAAGUGUUUAAAAAGGUAAUUCUCGGGAACUAUAACUGGCUCUCGUAUGAGGAAGCCUACAACGUGGCCAAGUGUUUUGGUAGUGGUCUGGCAGCUCUUAAUCAGAAGCCCUUCUAUAACAUCGCCAUCAUUUGUGAGACCAGAGCUGAGUGGGUUGUAGCAGCACAAGCCUGCUUCAUGUACAAUUUCCCACUUGUUACCAUGUAUGCCACUCUCGGGCCCAAGGCCAUCGCUCAUGGCCUGAAUGAAACAGAAGUCACGCACAUCAUCACAAGCAAAGACUUGCUGCAGGGCCGCCUUAAGGCCGUUCUGUGUGAUGUCCCGAGGCUGCAGUACAUCAUUGUUGUGGACAGUAAGCCCACAAGCUGUUCAGAUAUGCCCAGAGGCAUCAUGAUCUAUAACAUGGACACUGUGAAGGAGCUGGGAUCCAAACCAGAAAACAUUGCAGUAGAGCGCAGACAGCCCAAGCCCUCGGACAUCGCCGUCAUCAUGUACACCAGCGGCUCCACGGGCAUUCCUAAGGGUGUCAUGAUCUCCCACGGCAACAUCAUUGCUGGCAUUGCCGGCAUGGCUGAGCGAAUCCCUAACCUCAAUGAGACAGACACCUACAUUGGCUACCUGCCACUGGCCCACGUUUUAGAGCUCAGUGCAGAACUGGUUUGCAUCUCUCAUGGAUGUCGUAUCGGGUAUUCCUCUCCUCAGACUCUAGCGGACCAGUCCUCUAAGAUCAAGAAGGGCAGUAAAGGGGAUACCAGUGUGCUGAAACCUACUCUUAUGGCUGCUGUACCAGAGAUCAUGGACCGGAUCUACAAAAAUGUGAUGACCAAAGUGGAGGAGAUGAGCAAAUUCCAGAAAACGCUCUUCGUACUGGCUUACAACUACAAGAUGGAGCAGAUCUCCAAGGGAUACAGUACGCCUCUCUGUGACAGUCUGGUUUUCAAACGGGUACGGUCCCUCUUGGGAGGCAACACGCGGAUUCUGCUCUCCGGCGGAGCUCCACUAUCGGCUGCAACCCAGCGUUUCAUGAACAUCUGUUUGUGCUGUCCUGUGGGGCAGGGCUACGGCCUGACGGAGACCUGUGGAGCUGGCACCAUCACUGAGGUUUGGGACUACAGCACGGGACGGGUCGGCGCUCCACUGGUUUGCUCUGAGUUCACGCUGAAGAACUGGGAGGAGGGUGGUUACUACAGCACAGAUAAGCCUAACCCACGAGGGGAAAUUCUGAUUGGAGGGCCCAAUGUCACAAUGGGUUACUAUAAAAGUGACGGUAAGAACCACGAGGACUUCUUCGUGGAUGGGAAAGGCCAGAGGUGGUUCUGCACCGGAGACAUUGGAGAAUUCCACCCUGAUGGAUGCCUCAAGAUCAUUGACCGUAAGAAAGACCUGGUGAAACUUCAGGCGGGUGAAUACGUCUCUCUUGGAAAAGUAGAAGCCAUUCUAAAGAACUGCCCUUAUGUAGACAAUAUCUGUGCCUAUGCCAACAGUGCUGAGUCAUAUGUGAUCAGCUUUGUGGUGCCUAAUCACAAGCAGCUAAUGGCACUGGCGAGGCAGAUGCAAAUUAACGGCGCUUGGGAAGAAAUCUGCAACAACCCCCAGAUAGAGAAAGAGUUCCUCCACAUCAUUACUGACGCUGCUGUUUCAGGCAAACUGGAGCGGUUUGAGAUUCCCAAGAAGAUCCGGCUGAGCGCUGAACCCUGGACACCAGAGACUGGUCUGGUCACUGAUGCGUUCAAACUGAAGCGCAAGGAGCUCAAAACACACUACCAGGAAGACAUUGAGAGGAUGUAUGGUGGAAAAUAACACUAAUACACUCCAAGCAACACACACCCUUCACUUGAAUGAGGAGCUAACCUGAACUAUUUCGUGAGGACUCAAACUUGUAAUGUAGGUAACACAUAUAUUGUUUCAGAUGUGUAGAGAGAGGUCACCUCAGCUUCUCUGUAACCAGCCUCGAUCAAAGUGGGGAGAAAAAUCUGGAAUCGAGUUUUAGCACUUCCGGUUAAAACCAAGAGGCAGGAAGAACCCAGACAGCAGAUGACUGAGCCAGCCAGGCGACGCACUUACAACUCAACCCUUUGAGUUGCUACAACGACCAACGUGGCAUUUGAACCCUGACCUUUGCAUGAUUCGAAGGGAAAAGAAUGUCAACAUAAACAUGGAUCCAUCUCAUCACAGCUUCUCUUUCUCCUUUGCUCUCAGGAGCAUUCCACCUUUACAGCUCGGUUUGUAGUCACGUCCAGGUACCUGACGGGGGCAGUGCGUAGUAUAGGCCUGACAGAGGGAACUAAAUCACUUUCAGGUUGCAAUCUUU